AUGUUUUCGGGACUACAGGCGCAAGCGCACUCGCCCUGGGGCCAGAAGACCAGUAGCACGGGCUCGUUUGGUGCGGGAGGCGCGCAGAAUGCGACGCCCUCGACGCCAGCGCAUGCCUCGCCGUCCACCUGGCUGCAGACGCAGUCCUCGCCGGCGCCCCCAGCGACGCUGGGCACGCCAGGCGCGCCGCCAGCAGGCGCUGGGCUGCUGGGUACGCCGCAGCAGGGCAUGGCGCCGUCCUCUCUGAUGGGGUCGACCGCGUCUCAGCCGCCGGCCUUUGGCGCCGGCGCGCCCAUGACGCCGUCGCACGUCGGACUCCCGGGUCCUGCACUGGGCGUGGCGUCGCCGUCUGAGGCGCACGCGUCCCCGAUGAGCCAGGCGCCCGUGGCGUACCUACCUGGCUACCUCAGCAAAAUGCGCGGAAGCAGCGACCGCGCCGGCACUAGUGCGCACCGCUCUGCCGAAACGACGUCGCCCGUCGUCAAGGCGGAGGCAGAUACCUCGCUCCUGUCGGGCAACGAGCCUGCGCAUGCGCGCACGGUGCCGUCGUCGUCUCCAACGCACGGCUUCCACUCGUCCUUCUUCUCGCGCAGCAGCAUGGACCUAGGGGACACGGCGCGCGCCGCGACACCCGCGGCUGGUGCGCGCGAGGGCAGCAUCUUUGGCCACGGAGGCUUGCGUGGCUCGGUGAAGCAGGAGGACAGCGCGGACCGUUCCAUGUCGCGUCCGCCGGGCUCGCCACCGACGCACACUACCCCCGGAUGGGGCGGCAACGAAUCGCUGAGUUUCGUGGCGCACGCUAUGGACGACGACGAUGCGCCUCCCCAAGAGACGCUGAGCGAUGUCGCACGCCUGCAGCCGCGCCCGCUGGACGCGGCGCCGUCGGCGGGCGUCGCUCGUGCAUCGCUGACCGCUGCGGCUGCCGCCACGGCCCACGAGGCCCGGCCGCCCCAGGCGCCCCUCUCGGAGCGCGUGGUCAUCGUGUAUGGCUUCCCGCCGACCCUGCGCGCGUUUGUCGUGGAGCAGUUUGGAUCGCUGGGCGGUCUUGUAUCGGCCGACGACGUGGACAUCGGCGCAGCAGCGCACGCGCAGGGAGCGCUCGUGCCUGUGCGCCUGGCGUACGCGGAGCCGGUCCAGGCGCUGCAUGCGCUGCACCAGACGGGCAAGAGCAUCGCAGGGACGUGCUUGAUCGGUGUGCGCUGGGAGAACGAUGCGAUGCACGAGCAGAGCCUCGUGCAGGGCCUCGACGCGCCGCUGCUCGCCACGGCCGGCGCGGAGGGCCGCGGUGCCGCGGGUGGACCUGCGCGGCCGAGUGCGGCGCCUGCGACACCGGCGCCGUCGUCGCGCCUGCCCGCCAAGGGCACCCCCGCGUUUGGGCGCCCGAUCACCAAGGUCGAUUCGCCUGUGGCAGCGCUGGCGCAGCCGGCGGCCAAGAGCGGGGCCACGCCGCAUUCGCCGUUCCGCUCGGUCGUGAACCUGGGCGAGUCGCUCUGGCGCGGUAGCGUCAGCGCACCGCACGCGGCGCCGGCGGCCCCCGCGCCCAAUGCACCGUCGGGGGUGCUGGGCCGCCUGGCCGAUGGUCUUUUUGGUUGGUAG